UUUGAGCCACAGCCCGAGAGUUUAUCUUCUUACGUAAGUCAUACCGCGGAUACACUGACUAAAACCCAUUUGAAAUACCCCGUGUACUGUCACGCGUGAAUUUAAAAUCUAGAAAACGCCUUCAACACGACCUCUACAUAAAGUUGAUAGUGAUUUCCUGGCGCGCCGUGAAUCUGAUCCAUCCAUCCCACAUUAAAUACUUCCGGGUAUUUCACUACACUCAGAUGUUUGCAUGACUUGGUUUUGAGUGAAUCUUUUUUCUUUUAUAACAUCAAGCGACAUGGACGAGAGCGUUUUGAAAUGUUGAUCUCAAGCAGAUUGGUAAUCCUUGGGAUUAAAUGCCGCUGCUGUGUGAAGUACUGUGUUGUACAUUGACGUCCUCGCCAUGAAACGCAUCGUUUUCUUUCUGGCGUCUUUUUUCUUGACGGAAUGUUCAAGGAGACCCAUUAGGGAUGUCCUGGACGACGAGUACGACCAGCUCAGCUCAUUGCUGUCAGACUUUGAUGUUCUUCAGCUGUCCAGUCUUCAACAGCAUUCAGUUCGCAAGAGAGACGUCCAGUCGCAAAUGCAAGCAGAAAGACUUCUCGGUUUCACUGCAUUGCAGAGGCAUUUCAGAUUGUACUUGACAACCAACACAGAGCUCUUCACUCAUGACUUCAAGGCCGUGGUGGUAGGAGAGAAUGGUGCUCAAGAUAUAUACGAGGUCCAGAGAGAAAACUUCUUCACUGGUCAUGUCAUUGGAGAGGAGAAUUCCAGAGUACAAGCACAUAUCGGUCACAAUGACUUCACAGCUCAUAUUCUUACUGAUGAAGCUGAAUACAACAUUGAGCCACUGUGGAGGUUUAUCGAAAACCCUCGUGACAAUCGGCUGCUCGUGUAUCGCUCAGAAGACAUCAGGAACGUGAGCCGGCUGGCGGCUCCAAAAGUGUGUGGCUACAUCAACGCAAAUGCCAGUGAGAUGCUUCCAGAAAGUGUGCGAGCAGCCAGGGCACUAGAUGAAGAUGAAGAGGAGGAGGAUGUGCACCUGAGAGAGAGGAGGCAGACGCUGGACCACAGUAAAAACACCUGCCCUCUGCUGCUUGUGGCUGACUAUCGCUUUUUCAGACACAUGGGCCGUAGGGAGGAGAGCACCACCCUCAACUACCUGAUUGAGCUGAUUGAUCGCGUGGAUGACAUCUACCGUAAUACAUCAUGGGAUGAGGAGUAUAAAGGUUAUGGAGUACAGAUUCAGCAGAUCAUAAUUAACAAGAUACCCACACAAGUCGAGUCGGGAGGUGCCCACUUCAACAUGAAAGGGACUCCUGUGAAGAACAAAGACGUCUGGGACGUCAAGAAGCUUCUAGAGCAAUUUAGCAUUGACAUCGCAGAUAAUGCGUCCCAGGUGUGCUUGGCUCAUCUGUUCACAUAUCAGGAUUUUGAUGAAGGCACACUUGGCUUGGCUUACGUGGCUCCUUCCAAAUCAGGCUUUCCAGGAGGUCUUUGCUCUGAAAAGUGUCCACCUUCAGGAAAUGACAACCGUGCUAUAUACCUCAACACUGGCCUAACCAGCACCAAAAAUUACGGGAAAACCAUUCUCACCAAGGCAACAGACUUGGUUACUACCCACGAGCUUGGCCACAACUUUGGUGCUGUUCAUGACCCAGAUGAUGUAUCAUACUGCGCACCCAGAGAGGACCAGGGAGGCAAAUACGUAAUGUACCCCAUUGCGGUGAGCGGGGACCACUCUAACAAUAAAUUGUUUUCAAACUGCAGUAAGAUCUCCAUAGCAAAGAGACUGAGGGCCAAGGCCCCCAUCUGUUUCAGAGAGAGGAACAGUAAUGUGUGUGGAAACUCACGGGUGGAGGAAGGUGAGGAGUGUGAUCCCGGACUGCUCCACCUCACCAGCGACCGCUGCUGCACGUCAGAUUGCAAGCUGCGGCCCAAUGUGCAGUGCAGUGACAGGAACAGUGCAUGCUGCAAAGAGUGCAUGUUUGAGAAGCAGGGCAAGGUGUGUCAGCAGCCAAUGGAUGCCACUUGCAAGGGAAGGUCUUACUGUACAGGACGCAGCAGUGAGUGCCCUCCUCCAGAGAACCUCCCUAAUGAGACCAUCUGUGUGGACAAUGGCCGGUGUCGGAACGGAGAGUGCAUCCCAUUCUGUGAAGCUGUGGAGAACCUGCAGUCGUGUGCUUGCAAUGAGACAAACAACUCUUGUAAGGUGUGCUGCAGGGAUAGGAACGCUGUAUGUGCUCCUUACGUGAAUGACAAGGGCAGCCACCUCUAUCUGCGGAAAGGCAAACCCUGCACUGUGGGCUUUUGUGAUGGAGACGGCAAAUGCAUGAAACAGGUCCAGGAUGUUAUUGAGAGGUUGUGGGAUUUCAUUGAAAAGUUGGACAUCAAUACUUUUGGGAAGUUCCUGGCUGAUAACAUUGUUGGCUCAGUUGUGGUCUUCUCACUACUUUUCUGGAUCCCUCUCAGCAUUCUGGUCCAUUGUGUGGAUAAGAAACUCGACCAGCAGUAUGAAUUGAACACAAAAUCACUCUUCUACCCCAGUAAUGCAGAGCUGCUGAGCAGUCUUGAAUCAGCCUCAGUGCGGAUCUUCAAACCACCCUCAUCUUCGGGCUCCACUGCGGUGCCACGCUUCCAGGCGUCUGGACCUCUGCAGACCAGCACACCACCUGUCUCCAUCUCUCAGGUAGCUCCAGCUCCAACCCAAACCCCGUGUCCUCUCCCAACAAUAGAGCACCAACGAAUGGCCACCAUCCAAGAAGAUCCCAGCUAUGAUUCCCAUCUAGAUGAACAAGUCUUAGAAGAGGACUUCCACACCUCAGGCUCAGCAUCACGUUCUUUUGAUGAUCUGACGGACAACCGAGAAAACGCCAUGUCCUUCAGGGUAAAGAGACACGCACAGAGUAACAGCAAGGAGACAGAAUGUUAAGAGUGUAAUUACAUAAAAUGGGAAAAAGAAAUGUGACUAUAAAUGAACAAAAAGGGAAUAUGAUUGGGAGUGCUCAAAGCUGAGCAGAACUGCAAUGUGUGCUUACAGCUCCAGUAUUGAAAAUAACCAGAAUGCAGUAUGUUUUAAAGGGGUCGCUUGUCAAAAAAUGAAAAUUCUGUCUUUACUCACCUCAUGUCGUUCCAAACCCGUAAGACCUUUGUUUAUCUUCAGAACACAAAUUAAGAUGUUUUUGAUGAAAUCCGAGAGCUUUCUGACCCUGCGUAGACAGAAACGCAACUACCAUGUUUAAGGCCCAGAAAGAUAGUAAGGACUUUCUUAAAAUAUUCCCAUUCAAAAUCCUAGUUUAUGUUAUGAAUGACUUGUAUGUAAUUAAUGACUUAUAUUUUGGUCUGUUUCUCCACAAAGCUAUCAUAUAGCCUUAAAACGCUAUAUCACAUGUUCAGUUGAUCACUUUUAAUGCUAGUUUUAAGGUACUAAAAAUACAUCAUACAGUUUUGGAAUGACAUGAGGAGAGAGUUUUCAUUUUUGGGUGAACUGUCCCUUUAAGAGUGCUGGACAUUUUUAUAAAGAAACAGAAGGCACAAAUUAUACAGUGACUAAACAUUAGAUAGGAACUCCAUGUUGUCAGUCCUGUUAGGAUUAUGCAAUAUGCACACAGAAUUACACACACAAUCACACACACACCGGAUCUCAUCAGCAUUUUGUACAUGACCAGCUUCAUUGUUAAAGGAUUAGAUCACUUUCAUAACAAAAAUUUACAGAUAAUGUACUCACCCACUUGUCAUACAAGAUGCUCAUGUCUUUCUUUCUUCAGUCGUAAAGAAACUGUUUUUUGAGGAAAACAUUUCAGGAUUUUUCUCCAUGUAAUGGAUGUCUAUGGUGCCCCCAAAUUUGAACAUCCAAAGUGCAGUUUAAAUGCAGCCUCAAAUGGCUCUAAACGAUCCUGGGCAUGGAAAAAAGGGUCUUAAAUUACAAUUUAUAUACUUUUAGCCUUAAACGCUUGUCUCGUCUAGCUCUGUGUGAAUUGUUUUUUUUUUUUUUUU